GUGCAGAGCGGAGCCGGGGCUGGGGGAGGAGAGACCGAGAGAUGGGCCCGGGCACCUUCCUGCGCUCAGCCCAGCGUGUGCACCGGCGGGUUUUCUAUUGUGAGCUCCUGGGGAUGUGACCACGGUCGGACCUGGAGGAAAGGACAACACUGGAGAGGAAUCAAGUAAGCAGGAAGUUAGACCAGCUGUAAACCCUGCAGGGGGGCACGGGAGUCCCAGCAAAGCCGCCCAGAGCCCCUCUAGCAGAGUUCAAAGCCUUGACGAUGGAGCUCAGUAGUGUAACCCUCAUUGUACAAGUGGGGAAACUAAGGCACGGAGCGGGAUGGUCGCCCAGGAGGCCAGAGCUGAGAAUAGAAGCCAGGAGCCCUGAGUCCUGGUGCUCUAUCCGCUAGGCCGUGCUGCCUCUCACCAGAAAUGAGGCAGCAGGAGCAACUCACGGCUGGAUUCUCUGUCCUCACAGGGAGCAGAGAAGAAGGAGGGGGAUCCCCGAAGCUGCCUGGGAGGAGCCAAAGGGAACAGUCCUAGUAGCGAAGCCAGGUUGCAGGCAGGCUCGUGGGAGGAUUGGCUACGCACGUAACCCCAGGCUGCUGGAGCCCCCUGCUGGCCACACUCAUGGGUGAGAAGGCCAACACGUGCCCGUACUGUGGGAAGGGCUUCCGGCGUAGCUCCCACCUGACCCGGCACCUGGGAACCCACUCAGGCAGAGAGCAGCGCCCCUAUGCCUGUAGCCACCGUGGCAAGGGCCCAGCCUUGACUCCGCCGCCGGCGGGCGAGCGCCCCUACUCCUGCACCCACUGCGGGAAAGCCUUUGGGCGCAGCGCCCACCUGGCUCGGCACCAGGAGACCCACUCUGGCGAACGCCCCUACAAGUGCACCUACUGCGGGAAAGCCUUCGGGCGCAACGCCCACCUGACCCGGCACCACGGCACCCACACCGGCGAGCGCCCCUACCAGUGUGGUAUCUGUGGCAGGGCCUUCACCCGCGACGCCCACCUGACCCGGCACCAGCUCGUCCACACCGGCGAGAAGCCCUUCCAGUGCGGCGUCUGCGGCAAAGCCUUCACCCGCAGCGCCCACCUGGCCCGGCACCAGGGCACCCACACGGGCGAGAAGCCUUUUGAGUGCGGGGUCUGCGGCAAAACCUUCACCCGUGACGCCCACCUGGCCCGACACCGGGCCACUCACACCGGCGAGCGCCCUUACAAGUGUGCCAACUGCGGGAAGGGCUUCGGAGCCACCUCCCACCUCCUCCGCCACCAGAGGACCCACCAGGAGUAGCUGCCCUGGCGUGGAAUGCGGGAACCAAGGGGCAGUGGUCCUCACACCCCAGCGCUCGCUUCCAUCAUGGGAGGAGAGGGCAUGGGAAUCAGGGAGCACCAGUUCCCGCGUUGCCACCCACUGGGGUGUCCCUCCUGCAUGGGGAACUGAGGAGGUGCCAGCUGUCAUGCCCACUCCUGCUGGGGCACUCCUCAUCCAUGGGGGUUGUGCGGCUCAAGGGAGUGCCAGCUCCUAGGCCACUUCUGCCCAGAGUGCGCCUUCCUCGGGGGAGGGCAUGGGAAUCAAGGGGGCACCAGUUCUCGCGCGGCCACCCUCAGGGGUGCUCCUGCCCUGGAGGGAGAGCUGGUCCCCCGCUGACAUACACUGACAUGCUCCUAACCCCCUGGGCUGGGCGUGGGAAUCGAGAGGGGCGGCGUUCCCCGUGCCCACAUCCAUGCGUCUGCAAUGACCGGACAGGAGGAUCUGGCCCAGAGUUGGACUCCUGGCAUCCUUGGGGCACGGAAGAUAAUGUGGGCCGCCUGGGGAGCGCACGGAGUCACCGGCCCUGCGACCAGUCUGCCCCGUGAAGAGACGACGAUCCAGCCGUAUCUAAAACCUCGUCCGGACAGAGAUUGACUGGAACAGCAGCCCCAGGUGGGCGCGCUGUCCCAAGGGAAAAGGAACUCUAUCCCAGGACAAUCACUCUGCCCCCAAAGGGACGCCCCUGCCCAGCCCCAGUGGCAGGCCCAGAUGCCUUCUCCUCUGCCAGGCUGGUCACAGGCGCUAGCCCCCUCAGCCCUUACCAGGCUUGGCCUCAUCCCUUCUCAGCAGGACGGGCUCGUCCUAGGGCGCUGGCCCUCAAGGGAGCAGGCCAGCCUGAUCCAGGGAGUCCAGAAUAGCUCUGUUAGACAGCACUAGCCAGUGUGGAGUAGUUAGCCUGGAACAGCCAGGCCGGGCCGCUUCCUUCAUUGUAGACAUGGUGUGAGAGCGCACAGUGUACCAAGACAAGGGCUGG